AUGAGGAAUCUCUCAAGAUGCGGCAAUAACUUCCUCAACUCGGCGCCCUCUGUUGAGAUUCAUCACUGUGAGUCAAUUAAAGCUAGAGUUCCGGCCCACCGGGAUCGUUUACAUGAAAGUACCACUCCAAAAGCUGGUAUCCACAAUGACACUCAGCAGCCUUCUAAACCAAACUCCGGCUCCCUUGAUAUUAGAAUGCGGCCAAUGCAUUCAGCAUCUAUAAGAAAAACUUCGGGUUUUUCCUCAAAGAGCCAGUUAAAAACUACAAAUUCAUUGAAAACUUCGAACUGCAUUCAUAACAAUCAGGCCAGUGAUGAUACUCCAGUAAAAUCUUGGUCUGCGACAUCCCGUGACUUGAAGCCCUCUUUGUGUCACUCGUCUAAGCUGGAUCCCAAGGGUAAUUUAUUUGAUCAAGCCGUUCCGAAAACCAAUUCAUGCUCACCAAAGCACUCAAAAAAUGAAGACAUUAAAAUGUCUUCAGUUUUCUUACACAGUAAACCUAAUUCUAGAUUAAGGAAACCUAUAGCGUUGGAUAUUUCUAGUCUUUUGCAGAAGACUCCCGUAAAACCCAAGCGCUCUAAGUCCUCAUGUCCUGUCUCCAAAGUUGCUUCUACUCUGCCUGAGCGCGUCGGAAAACAGAGGAUGAACCCCAAGGCUAAAAAGCUAACUCCCUUAAAGCGCAUGAUACUGGAAGACCGCGCCACUAGGUUAAAACAACGUUCAUCAUCAGCUCCCGCGCCUGAAUCGAGAGUUCCUACCGGAAUAGAACUACGAACUGAUGCAUUCCCUCCACUGGAGACAGAAUUCGUGCACGCUGACCCAGAUCAUAAGGAUACAAAGCGUCUGAUAUACAAAAAAACGCCAGAAGUUGACCAAUUGAUCCGCGAUUUCUUGUCGCGCCUGGCAUCCUAUCACGACCGGGCCUAUACCACAUUCAUUCAUGAUCCUUAUCGUCAAAAGAAGUCUCGUCGUUUGGUAUGUGGUAUUAACCAAGUACGAAAACAGAUAAGGUCAAAGCAACUCAAGAUACUUAUUAUCGCAAGAGACCUUGAAGGGAAAGCCGGACUAUACGAGACACUGGAUUCGUCAAGCUCUCUUAAUACAUCCAGCCCAGGUAGGUUUUCUGUGUAUUACUAA